AUGCCCCUCGAGCGGCACCGGAGCGCCGUCUCCCGCAUAGCCUCGAGCAUCCGCGCCUUCUACGACCGCCGCGAACCCUUCCGAAUAGCCCACGGCUCGACAAACAGCACGCGCCCGAUCCGCCGCAAGAACCAAGUCGACAUCAGCGACCUGCGCAAUGUGCUCCACGUCGACCCUACGCGGCGCACAGCGCUCGUCGAACCGAAUGUCCCCAUGGACCGCCUCGUCGAGGCGACGCUGAAACACGGACUCGUCCCGCCGGUUGUCAUGGAAUUUCCUGGGAUAACGGCUGGAGGCGGGUUUGCGGGGACGGCGGGGGAGAGCUCGUCGUUUCGGUAUGGGUUUUUCGAUCGCACGAUUAACUAUGUCGAGAUGGUGCUGGCUGAUGGGAGUGUGGUGAAGGUGUCGGAGGAUGAGAACCGGGAUUUGUUUCGGGGCGCUGCUGGGGCUGUGGGGACGCUGGGUGUUACGACGAUGAUGGAGCUGCAGCUCGUUGAGGCGAAGAAGUUUGUCAAGGCGACGUACCACCCUCACCGAAGUGUCCGCGACUCGAUAACAGCCGUCCACGCCGAAACACUCAACGAAGCGAACGACUACGUUGACGGAAUCCUCUACAGCCCCGACCACGGCGUCGUCGUCUCGGGCGAAAUGACCAACGAGAUGCCGGCCUCUGCAAAAGUCCAGACAUUCAGCCACGCCUGGGACCCCUGGUACUACCUACACGUAAAGGACAAGACGCGGAGCGCGAACUCGCCCGUGACAGACUACAUCCCGCUCGCCGAGUACCUGUUCCGGUACGACCGCGGCGGGUUCUGGGUUGGCCGCGCAGCGUUUCACUACUUCCAUUUCCCGUUCAGUCGCGCGACGCGCUGGUUCCUCGAUGACUUCCUGCACACGCGGAUGCUGUACAAGGCGCUGCAUGCGAGCGGGGAAUCGAGCAGAUUCGUCAUCCAGGAUCUGGCGCUGCCGUAUGCCAACGCCGAGGCGUUUAUCGACUAUACGGGCGAGAAAUUGGGUAUCUGGCCGCUGUGGCUGUGUCCGCUGAAGCAGAGUCCCGCGCCGACGUUCCACCCGCAUAGCGCCGUGGAGAGCCCCGGGUUUACCGCGGACCAGAUGCUGAAUAUCGGCGUGUGGGGUUUCGGACCCAAGGAUCUGGACGUCUUCAUCCAGGCAAACCGUGAGCUGGAACAUCGGCUUCGCGAGCUCGGCGGCAUGAAGUGGUUCUACGCGCAUACGUACUACAACGAGGACGAGUUCUGGAACAUGUACGAUCGCGAGUGGUACGAUGGGCUGCGGGAGAAGUACAACGCGACGAGCCUGCCGACUGUGUACGAUAAGGUGAAGAUCGACGUGGAGGCCGAUCGGAAGGAGCGGCAGGAGUCGUGGAGCCGUAAGGUGCGCUCUGUCUGGCCGCUCGGUGGGCUUUGGGGGAUCCGCAAGGCGAUUGAGAGUAAGGAGUACCAUAUCCAUCGCAACUCCACCUGGAAGUGGAAGCAGUAA